CAAAGGUUUCUUUUUAAUUAUAUUCAGUGUCACACUUCUCUGAAAGUAUCUGAGAACAGAAAAUAAAAACCGUUUGAUCUCAAGUUACCCAUUAACAACAUAUUCCCACAUUCUCCAACUAUAGAAGGAGCUGCAAAAAAAUCAAGGGUGGUAACACUAUAUAAUAAUAAUUCCUGGUUUUGUCUUUAAACUGCAGUUUUGGCAAUGACAUUUUCCUUUGCAUCACAUAAAAAGAAAGCUCCACCCCUCUUUCCAGGAUCCUCCAGUCACCCCUCAUAAAACCUGUAGGAGAGACAGGUUUUGAAGCAUCUUCCCACUUACAGGGAAAGGGUCUAAAGACCCAAGGAUAUUGCAUUAAAAUGUCAAAAGAUUUAUCCAUGCCACCUGAAAUCCCUAAAGGAGAUGGCAGACCCAAGUGGGACAAUAAGUUCCAGUACAUUUUAAGCUGCAUUGGAUUUGCCGUUGGUCUGGGGAACGUGUGGCGAUUUCCAUACUUGUGUCAGAUACAUGGAGGCGGGGCAUUCCUGAUUCCAUACUUCAUCGCUCUUCUCUUCGAAGGAAUACCACUGUUGCAUCUUGAACUGGCCCUAGGACAGUGCCUGAGGAAAGGCAGCAUCUGUGCCUGGAACACCAUCUCUCCUUACCUUGGAGGAGUUGGGAUUGCUUCGUGGAUGGUGUCAGUUCUGGUGAGCUUAUACUAUAACACUGUUUUAACCUGGGUGAUGUGGUACCUCGUAAACUCCUUCCAAGAACCCCUUCCUUGGAGCAUUUGUCCUCUAAAUGAAAACAGAACAGGGCUCAACAAAGAAUGUUAUGAAAGUACUGCAGUAAAUUAUUUUUGGUACAGGAAAACUCUGAAUAUUACACCUGAUGUCACUGAGAGUGGCACGUUACAAUGGUGGCUCAUUUUGUGCUUAGCAACUUGCUGGGCAAUCGUCUACCUCUGCACCAUCCGAGGAAUUGAAACUACAGGAAAGGCGAUUUAUGUAACAGCAAUAUUUCCUUACCUGGUCCUAACUAUAUUCCUUAUUCAAGGACUUACUCUACCAGGAGCCACUGAAGGUCUAGCUUACCUUUUUACCCCUAAUUUGCUAAUGGAUUGGAAAGUAAUUCACCUGCUGAGCACUCUGAAAAAUCCCCGUGUAUGGCUUGAUGCAGCUACCCAGAUUUUCUUCUCUCUCUCUUUGGCUUUUGGAGGGCUUAUUGCAUUCUCGAGCUACAAUCCACCAAAAAAUGACUGUGAAAAGGAUGCAGUGACAGUAGCAAUUGUAAACAGCGUGACAUCUCUCUAUGCUUCCAUCCCAGUCUUUUCUGUUUUGGGGUUUAAAGCAACUACAGCCUAUUGGGACUGCCUGGACAGAAACAUUAUCAGUAUCAUCGAUGAAUUUGAUCUUCCAGAGGAAAGCAUCAUGCGACAGAACUAUACAGCUUGGGUUAGUUUACUAAAUGCAUCAUAUCCAGAGAAAAUUGCUGGACUUAGACUGAAAAGCUGUAACCUUCAAGAAUUUCUUGAUCAGAGCGUAUCAGGAACUGGCUUGGCUUUCAUCGUUUUCACUCAAGCCAUCAUACUCAUGCCGGGUUCCCAGGCCUGGGCCAUCCUGUUUUUCAUAAUGUUGUUCAGCUUGGGCCUUUCUUCUAUGUUUGGGAACAUCGAGGGAGUCUUCACUCCUCUUCUGGAACUUCGAGUUCUAUCUAAUUCAAUACCCAAAGAGCUUUUAUCUGGUGUAAUAUGUCUAAUUUGCUUCGUCAUUGCUCUGUGUUUUACACUGGGUUCAGGGAGUUACUGGAUAGACAUUUUUGACAGCUAUGCAGGCUCAGUGCCUCUUCUAGUAAUUGCCUUCUUUGAAGUGAUUGGGGUUGCGUACAUCUAUAAAAUUAACAGGUUCAGCAAAGAUGUGAAAUGGAUGACUGGACGAAAACUCAAUCUCUACUGGAAGAUCACAUGGAGGUUUAUUAGCCCUCUGCUCCUACUAAUUGUCUUCAUGGCCUUUGUUACUCUUCAGAUACAGAAGCCACCAAGCUACGCAGCCUGGAACCCUAAAUAUGAAGACUUUCCUAUGAAAGAGGAGAAAGUUUAUCCACCUUGGGUCCAGGCCAUCUGUGUGCUGUUAGCUGUCCUUCCUUGUGUGUUUAUACCUCUAACAGCACUCUUCCAUCUGAUCAAACAAAAGUGCAGAAGCAAGGACCCAAGCUCUGUACCACCAGAAGUGUUUUCAUCUCAGGGUGCUAAUAGCAAUUGUACUCAUCCAAAAGAAGAAAUAUCCAUUGCAUCUGUCUGUAAGUAAAGAUAAGACAGCCACCACGGGUUAUGCAGUUCAUAUGCUUACUGCCAAUCACAAGCACUCUAUAAACAGAGCUGCUAUGUCUCCUCUAUUUUCGACCAAUCACACAAGCUAUACCAACCUUGCCUCUCCUACAUCCUGUCCCAAAUCCUACUGAGUACCAAUCCCAUUGCUUUAACCCCUACCACUUAUUACCAACUUCAUGUCUCUCUCCAGACAGAUUUUAAAUAGGGGAAGUUUACUAGUUACUGCAAGUGGCCUCUGUCUUCCUUCACUUCUCUUGCAAAAAAAGUCUGUUCCUAAGGAUAAGCAACAUAAAAAUUGGAAUACAAACACCUACCGUUUCAUUCACUGACCUCAUCUCUGAGAGAUGUAGAAUGGAAGCUCUUAAAGAGUAAGGACUCCUCUUGUCCACUACACUAUACUUUUUGUAAAUCCCUAAAUGCAUUUAAGUAGCAGUUAUUUUAUGAUUAUUUCACAUUCUCAAGCAUUGCAAAGAGCAAAAUUAAAGCAAUUAAAAGAUUGUACAUUAAGUAAAUCUGAGUAAUUAAUUUUUCACAAAUCUCUUAACCUUAGAUUCCAGAAUUUAUUGUAGUGGAAAAUACUGUGAAAACAAAUGCCACUAUUUCUUUUCCUUUAAUUUCUCAUACUGAACACAGUAACUCAAUACUGUAAUAAAAGUGCACACGUAUGGGAACCUCUCAGUGAGCUGCAACCUUACAUGACACGACAAGGAAGUUAAUCUGUACUUAAAAACAUGUUUUCCUACACUUGCCUGCAGAUUCUGGCCACUCUGCACUGAUAGGAAUUAUCCUUAGCCAAGAUACUUGAGCAACCAGCAGCUUCUCAAAAAAUAUAGGGAAACUAUGUGAGGAUAAGUUAUGACAAAGCCUGAGGCUGAAUAACUAAGAGAGUCAAGGAGAAGAAGAGUAAGGAAAAUGGAAGCAAAUUCAGUAUUUAGUCUUGUGAUAGUCUACACACCAGUAGGACUUCAUAGUGGGUAACGGGGAUUUGGCCACACAGUGA